AUCCGCAAACGCAAAUCUCUUCACUCUUGUUGCUGCACGUGUUGCCAUGUGCAUGCAGCACGCUUCCGAAGAUCUAAAAUUUUGACGGGAUUACCAUGGAGUCCGUUAAGAAGACUCGUCUUAAAACAAAACCGAAAGAUAAAUCCAUAAUGGGUACGAAUAAAGACGAGGCCCAUAUACAGAUACGUUUCAUAACUAAACAAGAGCGAUAUGCAGUACCAGAUUAUCCUCUAUCAGUCCAUAGCUCAAUAAUCACAAACGAAUUAAACAUCCUGAUAAAUGAACUUUUAAGAGAGUCGAAUGAUAUCCAGAACCAAGUGGAAUUUGAUUUCCUGGUCUGCUCACAAUUCUUACGUAGUUCUUUAAUUGAACACAUUGCUGAAAGAGGAGUAUCUACAGAAGAAGUGAUAGAUGUGGAGUAUGUAGAAAAGCAUCCCUCACCAGAGCCUAAGGAUUGUUUAAUACAUGACGACUGGGUGUCAGCUGUUGCUGUUUGCGGAAAAUGGAUUCUGACUGGUUCUUAUGAUAAUAUGCUGCAUAUUUGGACAUUGAAAGGCAAGCAUCAUCUCGUAAUACCUGGACAUGUGUCUCCUGUCAGAGCAGUGGCCUGGAUAUCUCUCAAUGACGAUAGUGCUUCCUUUGUUAGUGCAUCGAUGGAUCAGACGUGCAUGAUAUGGAGCUGGGAUAUAACGAGAAAUUUUGUAGAAUGUGUAUAUGUCUGUAAAGGACACAGAAGAAGCAUUGAGGCGGUCAGCGUUAACUAUGAUAAAACGUUAAUGGCAACUGGUGCCUGGGAUAAUAUGCUGUAUAUAUGGUCAACAUCUAUGCAAGAGGACGAUGAUGGAGAAUCCGCGUCCAAAAGGGCAAGAUCGGAAUAUGCGAGUAAAAUAAAAACACCAAAAUCUGCAAUGAAGGGACAUAAGCAGGCGAUUAGUGGGAUUGUGUGGUCUGACAAAACAGAGGUUAUCACAGGCUCGUGGGAUCAUACCAUAAAGACUUGGGACACCGAAUUAAAUGGCAUCAAGCAGGAAAUUCACGGUGACAAGUGUUUCUUCGAUAUCGAUUACUCACCGCUAUCGCGUGUCGUGAUAGCAGGAUCAGCCGAUCAACAUGUGAGGCUGUAUGAUCCGAGAUCUACAGAAGGUGCGAUUGUGAAAGCAAGGUUUACCUCUCACAAGCAAUGGGUAGUAUCAGUACGCUGGUCAACUGUGAACGAGUAUCUCUUUAUUUCUGGAGCAUACGAUAAUAUUGUCAAGUUCUGGGAUACCAGAAGCCCGAAGGCACCGCUAUUUGAUCUCCUAGGACACGAAGACAAGGUUCUUUGCUGCGACUGGUCGAAUCCUAAGCUGAUAAUGUCCGGUGGUGCGGACAACACAUUAAGGAUAUUCAAAUCCAAUCACGUAGAAUACUAAUUACAGACGCGGUAAAUGAAUAAAAUUUAUUAUGAAACAUUGUAUAUAACAGAUCGAAACGAUCGAAACUUUUGUUUCGUAAGAUAAUAAACUUGUUAUAUUGUAAUAGUCAAUGAUUUUAAAAAAUUAGAAAAUAGUAAUAGAUUAUUAUUAAUUUUUUUUCGGUAA